AUGAAGACCGUCGGCAUCUGCAUUCCUACCAUUGAGGGCGGCGUAGUCUGCCACCAGGAAAUCGGACGUGAGGCCAUGCGGCGGGGUAUUGCUUACCCUCCCAUCGUCACACACACCCCUCUCUACGAGGGAAUCAAGAACGCCGUCAAAACGGACAACUUCGACGCCCUCUCCACGGUACUGAGCGACUCGGUCAACAGUACAGCCAAAGCCGGAGCUGAGUUUGCCAUCAUUCCUUCAAACACUCCACACAUUGUGUUUCCCGAGGUGUUGGCCAAAUCAACCAUCCCGGUUCUCAGUAUCUUGGAAGUCACGGCGGACCACUGCGUGAAGCAGGGUUACAAACGGGUUGGAAUCCUCGGGACUUCCCCGACUGUCAGAAGGCGUAUCUAUGAAGAACCCCUUGAAAAGCGGGGUAUUACUACUGUCUAUGUCCCCGACGCAGAGCAGGAUUAUGUCCAUGAUGCGAUUCAGAACGAAUUGAUCAAGGGAAUCUUUACCGACCAGACACGCGACGGCCUCGUCCUUAUUGCAAAGCAGCUGGCUCCCCAGUGUGAUGCCAUCAUUUUGGGUUGCACGGAGCUUCCUCUCGUUCUGACCGAGGAGAAUUGUCAGAUUAAAGUCGUGGAUACUACGCGGAUCCUGUCUCACGCAGCACUGGAUUUUGCAACCCAGGAAUAA